CGCAGGAAAGUUCGUAGGAGAGGUGACCCGUGAUUCUAACAAGAGUUUUCUUCUCACAUUACCAUCGGGUUCGCUGUCCUAUACUGCGGACUGGAGACACUGCGUUUCUGCUCAAUGUUUCAUGGACGGUUUGAAUAGAUUAUCUCUAACGGAAUACUUGAGAGCCAGGAAUUUAGCCUACGGUUCGCUGCCUGUUCUGUAGUGCUGCUGUUUCAAUGGGCUAUCCGCUAUCUAUUCACGGUGAGUAGGCUGAACGCGAUACGCUGUCUUGUUGCAUAGCCUACUUUUGUAAAGAAGGUAUGAGUUUUUUAGAAUGAAUUGCGCUUUUGGUAUUAUGUCAUGUAGUCUGGGGUGUUUUUAGAACUAUGAAUGACCCCCGUGACAAGGAUUUAAUACCGAUAUCUCGGAAACACCGAUUCAUGGCUGCAAUAAUGCCCGGGGACGAGAGCCCAUCGCAUGGCAACACUUCCAGGGCUGAUCGGAAUGGGAUAGGAUUGGUUCACUGUUUUAUUUGUGGAAGCGGCGUUUCGCCCGGAAAAGAAUUGAGAUUACAAGUGAAAUAUCCGAAAGAGAAUGGUCCGUUUUUCCCGUUUUUACAAAACCAGGAGCCAGCGCCGGGGGCAUGUGAAGUCAGCCCGGAUGGACAUGCUAUGGUGUGCGCCGUGUGCCACUGUUUUCUGGGGGAGCAGUGGAACUCAUUCGAGCGGACUAGGACACCAAUAGAGAAGCGUAUGUACUGGCUGAAGAGGCCGUACCAGUGCGACUCUCGGCGUAUACCACAGGAGUGGAACAUCUCCUAUGACCUGGAGAGGAGAAUCAGUGUCAGCAGCCAGAAUUACGACGGGAACGAGUCAGAUUUCUCCUCUUUCUCGGAAAACGAGAACAUGUCAGACCAAGAACUGGAUUUAGUAGACCGCGCCGGUGUGAGCAAGGAGAAGUACAAAACCUCUGCCAACAGCAGCAAAACUCCCAGAGACGGUAGCAGGAAGAACAACAACAGUGUUAUCAGUGUUAAAAACAGCCCUGACUCUCAACGGGCUAUCCGCUAUCCGGUUGGUGUCUACCAGGCACAGGACUCGCCGAAAUCGGAUAGUGCCAUGCCGUCCAGGCGCGGUGCUAAAAUUAUGAAUCAUGUCUCUCAAUCAUCAGUAUGUCUGUCCCAAGAGAUUGUGUCCCAGAGAUACUAUGACAGCUCUCACGUCGACACACCUGUGCAGGACAACGGGAUCAUUAUGCGCAACAGGCAGUGGCUAGCAGAGGGGAAUGUCAGACACGCUGACCUGCGCCCUCUCCAACGCGCUGCUGACAGCAGCUGUAGCUUAACCAGGCAUCCCUCCCUCAUAUUCCAACAGAAAGGAGAGGAUCUCGCUGACGCUGCCGACGGGCUAUCAACCAUUGGCACCACUGUCACCUCUAGGCGCGACGCAGCAGCACCUAGAGAAAGUAUUCCGGGUAGGUUUACAGCCUCUGACAACUCUGACGACGACCAUGAGAUCAAUAUUACCAGUGACGACGACCGCGAGGUGUUUGAAGCAGCUGGCAGCAGCAGAGAGAGGGUAUUGGCCCUGCUGAGACCACCCAGGGACGCUGCUGGGAGGGUCAUUGCCAUGCCCCAGAGUGGUGCCAGUGGUGGUGCCAACAGGAGUACCAGUCCUGAGGAGUGUGUGUGUUACAUCUGUGGCAGCGGGAUGUGGCAGGGCGGGAGGUUCCGUGUGUCUGUGCAGAAGCAGGAGAGGGCAGCCAGCGAGCCCUUCUUCCCCUUCCUGUGGUUACACAGCCCUCCCCCUGGCGCCAUGCCCCUCACCCCGGGGGGCACCACCCUGGUCUGUGCCAGCUGCCACACCUCCCUCAUGCAGCAGUGGCAGGGCUUCCAGCUGGCUGACGUGCCCGUUCUCCAGCGCCUCUACGUGGUCCCCCUCAACCAGGGCUCCUCCACCCCUGCACCAGCCUCGGGCCACCCUCCCUACCUCACUCCCCAGGAAAGGCACCCCUCAGAGCCCCCGGACCGCCUACCUAAGUCUCAGGCUUCCUGUGAGGCCUGUUUCCUCUGUGGCCAGGAGUGUGGGCGGGAUGUGAGGGUGGCAUAUGCACGGGCCGGCGUGGGCAAAGCCCGCGGUGCCAUGUAUUUCCCCUUCAUCAACCUGCUGCCGUGCCCGCCUGGUGCCCAGGGAGUGAGGAACGGCCGGGUGCACUGCUGUCCUCCAUGCUACACCAUCCUGGAGGAGAUCUGGGGGGCGUACCGCCUCAGCCUCAGUGAGGACCUCAUCACCUCUGUCACAUCCUUCCUGGGGAGGUACCACGCAGCGCUGGCCACAGGGGGAGCCGGACUGGCCCAUUCCCAAAAGGGGGUGUCCUCCUCUUCCUCUGGCCAUGGUGGGUCUGUAUCAGUGUGUUACCUGUGUGGGACAGAGCUAGGGGUCGGGGGAGAGUUCCAACUCCAUGUCAACCCUCCCGGGCGCUGUGGAGAGAGAGAGCCCUUCUUUCCCUUCCUCACCAUCCACCCUCCCGCUCCCCGCGCCAAACCUGCCGACGCCACCGGCCUGGUGUCAGCCUGUGCCCUCUGCUAUCACGACCUGCAUGCCCAGUGGGCUCAACAUGAGAGCCAGGGUUCUGCCACCUCCAGCUCUACAGCCCCAGGCCCAGCCUCCUCCACCCCCCAGCCGGCCAGCUCUCCCUGGGCCAGACAGUACAGCUGCGAGGCCUUUGUGUGCUUCUUCUGCAGACAGGAGCAGAGGCGUCAGGGGGGGCUGUGUGCGGUCACAGUGGCCAGGCUGCCUGUGUUCCUGUACGCCCCACGCGGGCGCCGCACCCUUCUCGUGGAUGAUGGGAGGAAGCUGGUGAUUGGCUCGUGUGUUGAAUGUAAGUCCAUGGUGCUGGCAGGACAGAGCAUGCAGCAGGAGAGAGACAGGGACAGGGAGGGACAGGGAGACGGGAGGACAGAGUCACCUCCCCCUACAUCACGCCCCAGACACAAGACAUCCAGUGUGAUUGAGGGCGUGGCCAGAGUCAGCAAGGAGGCGGAUUCUUCCUUACAUACAUCAGCAGUGAGCGAAUCACAAUCAACGGAACCUGGGGUUGGCCACACCCCUUCUCUACCCCCCACCCUGGAGCCAGAGAGAGGAGACCGCCCACCUUCCAGCAUGAGCCAUGAGCCAAAGUCACCUUCCUUAGGAAUGAUAUCCACGGCAACUCGCACCACGGCGACGGUCAGCCCCCUCACCCCGUCGUCCCUUAACGGAUCUAUCGUAGCCAAUGGGAGCCCGGCGGCCCAGUCUGCACACUCCGGAUUCGCCGCCGCCCUCCGUAAACUGGCCAAACAGGCCGAGGAUCCUCGAGCUGGCUCGUCCAUCAGUAGUGAGUCGUCUCCGGUCUCGUCCCCAGCCACUAACCACAGUUCUCCGGUGAGCACACCCAAGAGAGGCCCCCUGGGCCCAGGGCCUGUCCUGGUGCCACCUGGGGGCCACAGUGUGCCAAGCACCCCGCCCGUCGUCACCAUUGCCCCCACCAAGACCAGCAACGGCCUCUGGAGGAGCGAGGCACGCCAGACUGACUCGGGCCCUCGUGGGGUCAGUAGGGAGCGUCUGGGAGCAGAGGCGCCCCACCAGCAGGAGAAAGGUGGCCCCUCAGUCCCUGCUCACCUCAUAGGAAACCCCUAUGCCUUUGGCCUGAGCCCCGGUGCUGUCAUGCAGGACGCACGCUUCCAGCCCCUCAAUCUGCCCAGGCAGCUGCCCCAUGGAGUGCCCCCUGGUGGUGUACCAGAGGAGUACCUGCGGGGGUUCCGCCCCUACGCCACGGCCGAGGACCUCCGCAUGCCUUCUGGACUGCCCCUGGGCCUGGACCCCGCCACCGCCGCCGCCUACUACCAUCCCUCCUACCUGCCACAUCCCUCCUUCGCCCCCUACAGGAUGGAUGAUCCGUUCUGUCUAUCAGCUCUGAGGUCACCGUUCUACCAGCUCCAAGGAGGGGGAGGCCUGCCCCCCCUGCACCCCUCUGCUGUCCACAUGCACCUGCAGGGGGUCCGCUACCCUGGGGACCUCACACACGCCUCACUGUCCGCUCUGCAGUCUGAGAGACUGUCUGAAAGGCUCCAGAUGGAAGAUGAGCUCCGACAGCGAGAGAGGGAGCGCGAGCGUGAACGAGAGCGCGAGAAAGAGAGGGAGCGUGAGGCGGAGCGAGAGAAGGAGCGGGAGAGAGAAAGAGAGAGGGAGCGAGAAAGAGAGAAGGAGCUGGAGCGGGAGCGUGAGCGUGAGCGGGAGAGGGAGCGGGAGAGAGAGAAGGAGCGAGAGAGAGAGAGGGAGAUGGAGAGGCAGAAGGAGAGGCAGAAGGAGAGAGUGAUGAGAGAGAAGGAGCUACAGUCCAAGGCGAUGGAGAGUCACUACCUGGCUGAGCUCCAUGCCAUGAGAGGACAGGAGGACAGAACCAAGCCUGAGAGACUCACCCCCAACCGGUCAGACAAAACCAAAGAGCCCACCCUCCAAGCUCCUAAGCCAAUGCCACCAGGCCUCCACUCCUCCCUGGGCCAAUCACAUCACGGCGUUCCCGGCCUGGUCUCUGCCCAUGGCCUCUACCUGGGGCCCGGCGGUGUGGGGGCGGGUCUCACCGCCGCCAUGAUGCUCCAGCGGACCAAUGAGGAAGAGCGCUGGUUGGCGCGGCAACGGAUGCUUCGCCAGGAGAAGGAGGAUCGUCAGUACCAGGUGUCAGAGUUCAGACAGCAGGUCUUAGAGCAACACCUGGACUUGGGACGACCUGGGGAGGGAGGAGAGCUACGCUCCGACACACACAGGUCCAUACCAAAUCACCACGAGCCGGGUGGCCGGGACAUCCACCCCCACCUGGGCGCCCCUCCUCCUCUCAUCUCCCCCAAACCCCUCCAGUCCCGCGACCACCCCCACCCCCCUCCUCCCACCACCCUGUGGAACCCCGCCGCCCUCAUCGAUACCGCCUCGGACUCACGACGCACCACCCACCACGACCCACCGGGCUUGGGCCACUACGACCUCAGCCGCUUGCCUCCCAAACUGGAGGAUGGGCUCCGGAGGGGCAGGGACCGGGACGGGGGCCUGGAGAAGUACCACCCCCCACUCCGAGGCCCCCCGGGGCUGCCUGAGCCCAGCACCUUCCUGGCAGAGCUGGAGAAAUCCACCCAGACCUUCUUCAGCCAGCAGAGGGCCUCGCUGUCCCUGCCCAGCCAGUACGGAGAGCUGGGGGGAGGGAUGAAGAGCAGUGGGGCCCUGAAGAGCCUCCAGGGGCCCCCAGGAAUGGGGAGACAAAGCCAGGCCCAGGGACACAGUCUGGGCCAGGGAAUGGGGCCUGAGUCUGGCCUAAUGUAUGAUGAGUUUCUCCAGCAGCACCGUAGGCCUGUCAGUAAACUGGACCUGGAGGAGAGGAGGAGGAGAGAGGCCAGGGAAAAAGGUUACUACUAUGAGCUGGAUGACUCGUAUGAUGAGAGUGAUGAGGAGGAGGUCAGGGCCCACCUCAGGAGGGUAGCAGGGCAGCCCCCUCUCAAACUGGACGACUCCACAGAGAAAGUGGACUUCCUGUGUGUGUUUGGUCUGACCACGGUGUCACGACGUGACCACCUGGUGCAGCAGAAGAGGAGGAAGAGGAGGAGGAUGCUGAGGGAGCGCAGCCCCUCGCCCCCGGCUGUUCUGUCCAAACGCACCCCUCCUCCCCCGGCCCCCCUCAGCACCCACUUCACCCCAGAGGAGAUGGACAGAGCCCCCGAACUGGAAGACAAGAAACGCUUCCUCACCAUGUUCAGCCUGUCCCACGUCUCUGUACAGCAGAGGAGAGAUAAUGAGACAGUGGUAGAGUUGCUUCAGGCUAUUAAACAGAAGAGCGUAACCUUGGAUACCAUUAGACAUGCCCGUCACCCCCUAUGUAAGACCCCCCCAGCACAGAACUCAGAUCCUGCCUCAGCGCUUUCCAGCGAAUCAGAUGAGCCAUUCAGUGUCAGUCCCUCCUCCCCCGGCGGACUCCUGGGGCAGCCUAAACCCCCCUCCUCCUCUGACACACUGAGACCAAAGGACCCCCCUCCUCCGCUCCCCUACUCGGAAAAGACCCGUGGGCUCCCUGAGGGCCCCCCCUCCAAGAGGAGCUCGUCAUCCAGCCUGCUGAAUAGCCUGCGCCCCCCCGUGCAGCCUAAAGAUGCUCCCCCCAGCCUGAACGGCCGGACCAAGCCCUGGGAGAGCUUUACUGCUGAAGAGUUUGCCCAGCAGUUCCACGAGUCCGUCCUCCAGUCCACACAGAAGGCCCUGCAGAAGCACAAAGGUGGAGCCACAGUGAUCUCAGCGCCCUCUCACCUCCAGGACUCCUCAGUGCACUACAACAUUCCAGAGCUGCAGAGCGCCCCUAGCCGGCCGCCCCCGCCACACACACACCCUCACACACACCCGCACGCACACUCCAUCCAACACCCGCACUCACACCCGCACCCCCAGCCCAAUGGGCAGCACUGUCCCCCGCACCCCCACCGAGAGCCCCCAGGAGCGAGGGAGGAGCAGUCUGCACCAGAGGACUCAGAAGAAGAGGAGGAAGAGGAGGAAGAGGAGGCCCCAGUACCCAGGUGGCAGGGGAUUGAAGCGAUCUUUGAAGCCUAUCAGGAAUACAUUGAAGAGCAAGGUGUGGAGCGCCAGGUGCUGCAGAGCCAGUGUCGGAGACUGGAGAACCAGCAUUACAAUCUGAGCCUGACAGCAGAGCAGCUCUCCCACAGCAUGGGGGAGUUGAUGUCUCAGAGACAGAAGCUGGCGGUGGAGAGGGAGAAGUUACAGGCCGAGUUGGAGCACUUCAGGAAGUGUCUGACGCUGCCGCAGCCCCACUGGGGCAGGGGAGGGCACUAUAAGGGUUACCCCCCCAGGUGACAGCUCCACUGACCCCCAUGCCCGGCCCCAUCCCUCCCCGCCCAAACAGAGUUUAUUUUUAUGACCCAGCCUGGAUCUGGACCCGGAUGGACAGCUCCACAGGAGAGAGGGAUGGACAGCUCCACAGGACAGAGGGAUGGACAGCUCCACAGGACAGAGGGAUGGACAGCUCCACAGGACAGAGGGAUGGACAGCUCCACAGGACAGAGGGAUGGACAGCUCCACAGGAGAGAGGGAUGGACAGCUCCACAGGAGAGAGGGAUGGACAGCUCCACAGGAGAGAGGGAUGGACAGCUCCACAGGAGAGGGAUAAAGGAUUAAUUGAUAGAUGGAUGGGGCAGCAGGGCCAAGCAGUGAAGCACUGACUGGGGCUGCUGCCAGCCUGCCAGGGACGGUGCCACCAGCCAGUGGUCUGUGCUGACCCUGGGGUCAGAGGGUGCAACGGGCACGUCACACAUGGGGCAAAGCCCUAGGACGGUAUGGUCAACACACACACAAACAUACAAAGAGGCACACACUCACACCAUUCUCUUCAGCAGGCACCAGUUACUCUCUUACAUUGCUGUCCCAGACCCAUCCUAGGCUCCCCUCACAGCCACGCCCACACGGACAAUCCUGCAAUCGGAGAGCAGCUCAGCCCUGGAAUGGGUGUGGUCACGUGACAGAGCGCCAUCUACCACCAAUCCAAUGCCCCUACCUCUGGCCAAUCGGACAGGACUGAACCUCCCAGCAUCUCUCCUGGUGGCAGGUCAGGCCAGCUUUCAAACUUGAAAUGCACUUAAAGAGAAAGACCUGAAGAACUACCCGGUGGUACUGUGUUACGACAAAGAACUGUUCAAAUUAGGGAAGAACUUACAAAAUGCACAUUUUGGCAUGAAUAAAGGAAAUGUUUUAUUUCGAGAUGAGAAUAAGAAUUUAAAAGGUGCUUCAGCCUUGUAUUGUAAAUACUAUUAUGACGAAAAAUAAUUUUGUAUGUUUUUAUUACUUUAAUCAUUGUUCUUUUAAGAAGAAGAAAAUAAGCCUGCCAUUUUUUUAUAUGUUCAUGCUUUUUUGGGUGAAACAGAAAGCUUUGCUUUUAGUGUUUGUUCUGCUGCUGGUCAGGACUGCCCUGUUCAGAGGUGUAGAUGGAAGGAGAAAAGGAGAGAACAUGCUCCUCUUCUCCUCUUCCCCUUUGACCCAGCCAUGUGUGCUGCCGUAGCAGCAGCCUGAGCUCCAGCCACAGCCCUCCCUCCCCUGGCCUCCAGGCCCCGUAAGGCUCACUGAGAUGGGGGUAAGACCUAACUCCAGGCCCCACAGGCCUCCCAGAUCCAUGCACUCCAUCAGAACACCAGCCCCACACAGAACCCCUCCUGUCAGGAACAGCAUGUUUUACCAAUCCCCUGUGUGAGUAGUUACCCAUGGGAAAGAGUGAGUGACAACUACAGUUACAAUGUUAUUCUUUAUUUCUCUCUUUCUCUCUCUCUCUCUCUCUCUCCCUCUCUCUCUCUCUCUUAUUUAUAUAUAUAUAUAUAUAGAGAGAGAGAGAACUGUUGUCUGGUAACUAGACUCAUCUCUCUGGACCUUAUCAUUAAGCACAAGGGACACAACACCCAUUAUAAUGAGACAUUCAUAUCAUCACUAAACCCAGAUAGAGGAAACAAUGCAGACAGUACCAUGUGACAAUGCACCGAGGGAGAUCUUGCGAGAUUCUUCUCCUUUGUGUUUGUCAUAAAAGGAAAUAGUGCCAAAAAGUAGCCCUCCCUCUCACAAAAUAUCAUGAGGCUUUUUUAAACCUCCAAAUAGAGUAAUUAAGCUAACUCCCUGAAUUGAAAUGGCCAACCCACUUCAAAACUUGUUAUAUUACUACAUUUAUCCCACUUAUUAUAAAUGUCAAAGCCCUUGCCAACAAUUGGAUAAUGGACGAUUGUUUUCUCCACUUGAGGGCCCUCAAAUCCAAAGUCAAUGAAAGGUUCUCUUUUGCCAAGUAUAUGAAUCAUUGUCCUGCUCUGCACUGUGCAUCUAUAGUGUGUGUUUUCAUGCCUACAUCAGUCCACCUUGCUGCUGGCCAUAGCUGUCUCCUGUGCCUCAGUACCUCUGUUCCCCAGUCUCUCUAUUCCCCUACCUUCCUUCUGUGGGAGUGUCUGGCCUGUAGUUUUGUAAAAUAAAACGUUUAGCCUUACAAGAGGACCUCCGGCAGCAUAGAUCGCAAUGCAGCGUGGGUAUUGUAGUGCUCAGUCAGACUUGACAAGGCUUUGAGUAUGUAGUCCUAAAGGGGUUCUGUUUGAACUCCAGUCGGAUGCUGUGGAUGUGAGAUGACAGGGAGGGGAGGGUGGCUGCAGGUCUGGUCCCUACAUCCCUCUUUGCUCCACUCCUGGUGAGCUUUCAGAGGAACACCUAGUUAGGGAGGCGGAAGCAUGUUUACAGAGCAGAGCUACAAUAGGAGCACCACCUGUCAAUCAGACAGCAAGCGCUACCACUGAGUUAAGCAGCCAAUGAGUUAGCGGGAGGACCCUAGGCCCUUCCCCAGAGCCUCCUUACUCUACCAUGCACACGCAAUAGGCCCCUGACUCUAUGGAGGAUGUCUAGACUCUAGAUGCUGUGAAACUCAGAUUUUAAAAUGUACUUGUUUGAAUUAAUUGUAAUGUAAUAUAUUAUUUGUUGAAUGUAGUAAUUAGGUAUUUAUGAAUAUAUUGCUGUAAUUUCAGACAAAAAAUAAAAUAAAAUAUUUGAAAAAUGUA